GAAAAAGUUAAAAUUCCUCUAUUUUGAUUUCGAGAUUUUUCAAUUCCACUUCCUGAUUCCAAUCUCUCCGAGAAGAUGAUCAUCGGGGUUCUUGUUUGCUAUUUGAUCUUCUGAUCGUUCGUUCGUUCGUUUGUUUGAGGUUAAGCAUAGAUGAAGAGUCUUCGGGUUAUACAGUUGUGAUAAAGAAAGAAUAAAAAUGGGAGGUUGCUGCUGUUGUUCUUCACGAAGAGCUGAUCUUCAUAAUGCUCCUCCCUACUAUUACUAUCCGAGAGCAACAGAAGAGCGAGUUCCUUUAUCUUCCGCUCAUACAAUCUCCUCUGGUGUUGUUGUUGUGGUCGACACAAAUUUAGAGACUUCAUCCCCCGAUGCUUAUAUACCACCACCACUGCCUACUCCUUUCGAUGUGGCCAUCGGUGUUCCUCAGACCCCAGGAAACGCUGAAGGUACUGCUUGUUUUGAUAUUAGAGAGGUUUCAGUGGAAACCGCUAAUACAGUCUUAGCUCAUGGAACAGUCGAUGGUAUCACUCUCGGGGUUCCAACUACAUGCCCUUGUAAAGAAACAGAAAGCAAACUACAGACAGAGAUUGAAGAUAUAGACCCCAAGAAGCUAUCAAAAGAUGUCUUUGUACCAGUGGAGGAAGAGGAGGAUUGUCCCAUUUGUUUGGAAGAAUAUGAUAUGGAGAACCCGAAACUUGUAGCCAAAUGUGAGCACCAUUUUCACCUGGCAUGCAUUCUAGAAUGGAUUGAGAGAAGUGAAACCUGCCCCGUUUGCAACAAGGAAAUGGUGUUUGACUCUCCCCUUGACUAGCAACCUGCAAGUGCCACAGCAGAAAGAAAACGGAGAAAAGGAGAAGAAGCUUAAAAGGAAAGAUGGUAAGAGAAUACACUAGAGUAACGUUCUUGAUUCACAAGUCGCAUAUUACAAAUCAAAUCAGUGUUCAUAUACAUAGAUGCUUGUACAGAGACAUUUGAAGUCGACUACAAAAAGAAAAAAGACUAUUAAGAUAAGAAUUUAGGGGUUAA